UUGGAUAUAGCUUUGUCAUGGGAAUGUGGUUUAGAAUCACAGAGAGUUCAAGUAAAUGGUGCAAGAAUACAUUAUGUGAAGUCUGGUGUGGGUAAUCAUGUGUUAUUAUUGUUGCCAGGAGCACUCGGUUCGUCUAAAACCGAUUUUGAACCUCAGUUAACUGGUUUCAAUAAAGAGAAGUUUUCUCUGAUAUCAUUUGAUCCACGGGGUUAUGGUCAAAGUGUUCCACCAGAAAGAGACUGGCCAUUAGAUUACUUUAGAAGAGAUGCUGAUGAUGCUGUGGGAUUAAUGAAGAGAUUAUCCUAUAAGAAGUUCUCUGUUCUGGGUUGGAGUGAUGGUGGUAUAACGGGAUUAAUAUUGGCGGCUCAGUAUCCAGAAUUGGUUCAUCGCCUGGUUGUGUGGGGAUCAAAUGCAUAUGUGGCACCUACUGAUGUGGAUUUAUUUAAAGGGUUGUCGAAUAUUGAUACAUGGAGUGCCAGAAUGCGUGAACCAUUUAUCAAGGUUUAUGGUGAAAAAUAUUUUAGAACUCAGUGGAAGAAUUGGAUUGAGGCAUAUUGCAGAUAUUAUUAUGAGAGAGAUGGUGACAUCUGUAAAGACGAUUUAAAGAAUAUUAAAUGUCCAACUUUUAUCAUACAUGGUAAAAAAGAUCCUCUUGUUAUUGAGGAACAUCCAAAUUACUUACAUGAAAAUAUUAGCAAUUCAAGAUUACAUGUCAUUCCAGAAGGAAAACACAACCUACACCUAAGAUAUGCCAAGGAAUUUAAUCAACUGGUUCAAUCGUUUUUAGACGAAACAUGAUUCUGCUUAAAAUAGUGCAUCGGGACUUUGAUUGUUGAUGAUGAGAAUAAAGAUUGUAAUAUAUUGUGCUUCAGAUUUUCUUUUCAGUUUCUGUGUAAGACAUUUAAUAAUACAACAUGAUUGUAGAUCUAGUAUGAUUUAAUUAUAUUUACUACAUGUAGUAUUACAAUAAUGAAGUAUUUACAUAAUGUUUAAUUUAAUGGAAAUACUAUUUUAUGUUUUAAUAAUAGUGCCUUACAUGGAUGAUUGUAUAUAUUAUGUUAAUCCAUGAUUAUUAUCCAAAUAAACAAGGUUUAAUUAUUAAACUAAUGUUAUGUUCUUACCUGAUGUCAACAGAAUUUCAAUAAAACCUGUUAAUUAAUAAUGAAUGCAAUAUUCAAGAGCGAAAUCUGUCUAUUGCAGGUCUUUCUUUAGGCCUUAAAAGUUAUAUACAUUAUUAAUUAGACAUUUAUUAACAUGAUAAGGCCAUAAAAAAAAACUCUUGAUGCCAUCGGAUGGCUCGGAUUCCAAGUAGAUGUAGAUUAGAAAGGUUCGGCCAUUUAAUGAUUUAAUUUAUAAAUGGAGAAGCAAGGCUAAGUCUCGAACAACUAACAAUCAAUGCACACAUUUUGUCAAAACUACAAACAUUGAUAGCUUCGCUCAGAAUAAAGUAAUUUGAACGAAAUUUUCAAUACAUUCAUUCAUUUUUGAACUAUUAUAACAAGAACAGCUAGACAUUCAUUUGUAAAUAGUACCUGUAUAAUAUUUUGUACUAAUAUAGCAAUGUAUGUUUCCAUAUGCAUGUAGAGCUUUUUCCCCUGGAAAUUUUGAUAUUCUUGCAGUACACAAUACAUGUAUACAUUGCUCUUAUGGUUGUGAGUAUUGCCAGAUGUUUACAGCGAUGAUAAUAUUGUGCCAUUUUAAAUGAUUAGUUGACACUUUUGUAAAGACAAGAUUGGAAAUGUUUCUUUGUUAUGGCCUUCAUAAGUAUUUGGGACUUGAUGUAAAAGCAUAAGGAAAAAUAAAUAUUUUAAAGAUUUUAUUUGAUUAAAUUUAAUCAACUGUAGAUUUGAGGAUAUAAUCUUUUUGCAGUACUAAAAGAGUUAGUGCCCCUUAAAAUAUAUCAAUCUUUUCUCAACAAAUUCACAACAAAAAUCAUUCAGUUUUUAUACGCCCACAUUUUCAUGUGGACGUAUUAUGCCGUCGCCCCUGUCUGCCCAGACAUGCUUCCAUAAUUUGUUUGUGGACACUCUAGAUGUCACAAUUUUUUUGUCCGAUUUUGAUGAAACUUGAAAUGUUGGGCCUAUGUUUAUAAUCCAAAGAUUGUGCCUUCUUUUGAUAUUUGUGCAUAUCGGACUGUAACUUCCUGGAUUAUGGUCCCUGUUUUUAUGAAAAUCGUGUUUUUAGCCUGUGGAACGUCUAGAGGUCACGAUUUUUAUCCAAUUUUUAAAAAUGUUUAAAUUUAUCACCGUUACACUCUAAUGACACCCUAAUGACGGUUGAUUUCAAAUUUUGUUAAAAUCAAGACCAAAACUGCCUGACAAAAUGGCGGCUCCUUGUACGCAAAUAGUGUAAAAGUAUGUCAUACCAAGGUUGUGGACCCUAUAGGAGUCAUAAUUGUUAUCAGAUUUUGAUGCAACUUAAAAUAUAUGUUUAUGCCCAAAAUGUGGGCUUAGCUUGCCUGGCAACCGCUGGUAUUUAAAAGUCAUAACAAAAAAAAAAAUUCUAUUUGUAAAAUUUUAAGCAAUCACAGAAGGUACACCUUCAAAAGCUAAUGCAUUUAUCAAUUGAUGUUGAUCUAUAAACUUCACAUUAGUGUACAAAAUUUAUUCCCUCAUAAAACUUACUAUUUCACAGUUUAUUUCACCUUUAUUCUGAGUCUAUAUAAUACCAAUCUUUUAGAAUAGCUAACUGUUCAAUUUGUUUAUCAUUUAACUCAUCACAGUCUUGUAGAUAUUGUAAAAUCGUCAAAAAAGUUGACUUGUGUAAAGCUAUUGAUGCUGCCUUUGCUUUCAUCAUUUCCUCAAAAACUUCAUUAACUUCACCAUUUUCACCUAAAAAUAUAUGUACAAUGUUCUAAGUUGCAAAAUACUAGUAAUUGUUCCACUGAUAACGCUCAGUACUAUCGACUUGGCAGGCUAUAUCCCUUAAUUUUAUUUGAAUAUAUACAUGUAUGGACAUCAAAAACAAAACCUUUUCAUAUAUUCUUAUUUCAAUAACAGUUAUAUCACUUUUAAGUGUAUUUAUAUAACAGCAUUAGACUAUCUUACAGGUAGGAAUGUAAUCUGUUAACUUACAUAAACUUUGUAUAUAUGACUGUAAGAUUAAUGUCCUCAGUUUUGUUUUAAUUGGCAGAUCGGCACUUAAAAUAUUUUUAAACACCACAACUUUAUUGAAAUCCACAUUAUUUUUCUUGGAUACAAUAUCAUUGAUCAUCAAUGGGAUAAACUGUUGAAUAUUUUCCUGUGAUCCUAAUAAUUCAUUGGCUUUAUCGAAAUGUUCCGUCAACAGAAAACUUUUCCACAAGGCUGCUCCAGGUUCCAGAACAGCUGGAUCCAUUUCACGACAAUCUUCCACAAACUCUUCUAUCACAUUUAUUUUGUGUGGAAAUUGUUUAAUAACCAUAACAGCCAGUAGAGUGAAUAAAGUAUCUACACUUUGA